AUGCCUAACUGGAACAAACUAGCUGUGGUAGUUAGGCCUACGUGUGCCGAAGAGGUCUCUGCAGCUGUCAAGUUUGCCGUGGCAAACAAGCUCCCGCUGGCUGUUUGUGACGGCGGUCAUUCAACAAGCGAGAUGUCAUCAUCGGAAGGCAUGGUCGUUCAUCUUGGGAAUAUGCGGAACGUUGAAAUCGGCCAAGCCAUGAUGACGGUCUCCUCUGGUGGUGGGUGCCUUUGGGCUGAUGUGGACAGUGCUCUAGAGGCUUGUGGACUAGCUACCGUCGGUGGGGCAGUGAACCACACAGGGAUGGUCACCUCAGAUGGCUCCAUUCUUGAAGCCUCUGAAUCGCAAAAUCCAGACCUCUUCUGGGCUGUCCGUGGAGCUGGAGCUCAGAUUGGAGUCGUCACACGCUUCACAUCCCGUGUUUAUACUCAGGGACAGGUCUGGAGCGGAACUCUCACGUUCAUACCCGAUAAGCUGCCUGAACUAGUGGCCUUUGCAAACGAGUUCCACAAUCGGGAUCAACGAGAAGGCCACUGCUUCGCUAUAGCUGUGGGAUACGCACCGUAUGGGGCAACCCGCAUCCUCUCCACCAUUCCGCUUUACCAUGGGCCAGGGUGGGAAGCGAGAGUGUAUUUUUCGAACCUUCUCAGCAUCGGAUCCAUCAUGGACUACACAAGUAUGAUGUCCAUUGCGCAGGUCAACAUUCUGCAGAACCCAAUGGCGAAUACGGCAUCCGCCGCCUCCAGGGCUCCAGCAACGUGA